AUGGCCCCGUUUCUCGAUAGAGUCGGGGUGCCCACCGCCGCCAUCUGUGUUUUAUCCAGCCUCGCUUCACUAGGACACGCCGGAGCCAUCGCCGACGCAGACAGUGAGCAGUUGUCGGCCCGAGACUCAGCUGCGCUUGACUAUUAUGUGCCGCCGUAUUAUCCUGCGCCGUAUGGCGGAUGGGUGGCCGAUUGGCAGGACAGCUAUGCCAAAGCCAAAGCUCUUGUCGACUCGAUGACUCUGGCAGAAAAGACAAAUAUCACUGCAGGAACUGGAAUAUACAUGGGAUGUGCCGGAAACACAGGCUCAGCACUUCGAGUCGGAUUUCCCCAGUUGUGCCUCAAUGACAGUCCCGCGGGUGUGCGACAUGCCGACAAUGUCACAGCUUUCCCGGACGGCAUCACGGUCGGUGCAACCUUUGACAAGUCUCUAAUGUACCAACGCGGCGUGGCCAUUGGAAAGGAGAACCGUGGCAAGGGAGUCAACGUCUGGCUGGGACCAGUGGUUGGGCCAAUUGGCCGCAAGCCAAAGGGCGGCCGCAACUGGGAGGGCUUUGGAGCCGAUCCUGUGCUUCAAGCUGUUGGCGCAAGAGAGACGAUCAAGGGCGUUCAGGAGCAGGGAGUGAUUGCAACGAUCAAGCACUUUAUCGGCAAUGAGCAGGAGAUGUACCGCAUGUACAAUCCUUUUCAAUAUGCCUACAGCUCGAAUAUUGAUGACAGAACAAUGCAUGAACUCUAUGCCUGGCCAUUCGCCGAAAGCAUUCGAGCAGGCGUUGGCUCCGUCAUGAUGGCAUACAAUGCUGUAAACAAUACCGCAUGCACCCAGCACCCGUAUCUCAUCAAUAAUCUCCUCAAAGACGAGAUGGGCUUCCAGGGCUUCACACAGACUGAUUGGCUCGCGCACAUGUCCGGCGUCGCCUCCGCCAUUGCUGGUCUUGAUAUGGACAUGCCUGGUGACACUCAGAUCCCGCUAUUUGGAAACUCUUACUGGAUGUACGAGCUUACUCGGUCUGCUCUCAACGGCUCGGUGCCCAUGGAUCGACUCAAUGACGCGGCCACACGCAUUGUUGCGGCGUGGUACCAAAUGGGCCAGGAUCAGGGCUACCCGGCGACCAACUUUGACACAAAUUCCGGCGCUGCAGUCAAUCCUCUGUAUCCUGCCGCGUGGCCAAACUCGCCGUCCGGAGUUACAAAUGAAUUUGUCCAAGUCCAAGCUGAUCACGACGUGAUUGCUCGGCAAAUCUCUCAGGAUGCCAUCACCAUGUUGAAGAAUGAUGGCAACAUUCUUCCUUUGUCGCCAUCACAGCAUCUCAAAGUCUUUGGCACCGACGCUCAGAAGAACUCUGCUGGUCCUAACGCUUGUACAGAUCGCAAUUGCAAUACAGGCACUCUUGGCCAGGGCUGGGGUUCCGGCACUGUCGAUUACCCCUAUCUGGACGAUCCGAUCACAGCCAUCACGGCGGAGGCGAGCAACGUCACAUUCUACAACACCGAUAGCUUUCCCUCGGUUGGCCAAGUCGCAGCUAGCGACGUUGCUAUUGUAUUCAUCACAUCAGAUGCCGGCGAGAACACUUAUACCGUUGAAGGCAAUCAUGGUGACCGUGAUGCGUCUGGCUUAUACGCCUGGCACAAUGGUGAUACGCUCGUCCAAAGCGCUGCCAGCAAGUUUAGCAACGUCGUUGUUGUCAUUCACACCGUUGGACCUCUGGUUCUUGAGAACUGGAUUGAUCUCCCAUCCGUCAAAGCCGUCCUCGUUGCUCAUCUUCCCGGCCAGGAAGCUGGAACGUCGCUGACGAACGUCCUCUUUGGCCAUGCCUCACCUUGUGGACAUUUGCCGUAUACCAUCACCAAGGCCGAGAGCGACAUGCCAAGUAGCGUCACCACGCUAAUCAAUUCGGAGUUUCUUAAUCAGCCUCAAGAUCCUUACACUGAGGGCUUGUAUAUUGACUACCGCUGGGUCAACAAGAACAACACCAAGCCUCGAUACGCUUUUGGCCAUGGUUUGAGCUAUACAAACUUCACUUACACAGCUGCAUCAAUUAACAAAGUCACUCAGCUAAGCUCAUAUCCUCCUACUCGCCCUGCCAAGAGCGGCAUUCUCAACUUUUCACAAGCCAUCCCCUCCGCAACGCAAGCCGUUGCGCCGUCUGGCUUCAAUUCCAUUCCCCGCUACAUCUAUUCUUGGCUCUCCCAGAGUGAUGCAAACAACGCUGUUUCCGAUGGAAAGAAUGGCAAGUAUGCCUACCCACCUGGCUAUUCCACCGUCCAGAAACCCGGUCCUCGCUCCGGCGGUGAUCAGGGAGGCAAUCCUGCGCUCUGGGACGUUGCGUACACUCUCACGGUGACUGUCCAAAACACGGGCGAUCUCUUUGCCGGCAAGGCAUCCGCACAAGCAUACCUGGAGUUUCCGGAUAACGUCGCCUAUGACACGCCGAUUAUCCAGCUUCGGGAUUUUGAAAAAACGGAGGAAUUGGCUCCGGGGGCGUCUACGACGGUGACAUUGACGCUCACGAGGAAGGAUCUGAGUGUAUGGGAUGUGGUGGCCCAAGAUUGGACAGUUCCUGCGGUAGAUGGAGGGUACAAGGUGUGGAUUGGGGAGGCCAGCGAUAAUCUGAGUAUUGUGUGCCAUACCGAUACACUGAAGUGCGAGACUGGUGUCACUGGGCCGGUGUAG